CCCCGCUUCCUGAUGAAGCCACGCCUCCUGUCGUCGCGACCUAUUGUGUGAGUGGAAGCGCGUGCAUGAGCCUCCGCCGUGCCCGCUCGCCUCAAGCUACGCUUAGCACACGAGCUAACAAGAUGUCGCGGGUGUACAUCGGCAGACUGAGCUACAGAGCACGGGAGAAGGACGUGGAGAGGUUCUUUAAAGGCUACGGGAAGAUCCUGGAGGUCGACCUGAAGAACGGGUAUGGGUUUGUUGAAUUUGAUGACCCCCGUGACGCAGACGAUGCGGUGUAUGACCUGAACGGCAAAGAGCUGUGUGGAGAGAGGGUCAUUGUGGAACACACCAAGGGACCCCGUCGUGAUGGAGGCUAUGGUGGCGGAAGGAGUGGAUAUGGGCGCUGGGGAAGAGACAGAUAUGGUCCACCGAUAAGGACAGAUUAUCGGCUCAUUGUUGAGAAUCUUUCCAGCCGCUGCAGCUGGCAGGAUUUAAAGGACUACAUGAGGCAGGCAGGGGAGGUGACUUACGCCGACACCCACAAGGGCCGGAAGAAUGAGGGGGUGAUAGAGUUCAGGCUCUACUCUGACAUGAAGAGGGCUCUGGAGAAGCUGGACGGCACAGAGGUGAACGGCAGAAAGAUCCGGCUCAUCGAGGACCGACCGGGAGCCAGGCGCCGCCGCUCUUAUUCCCGCAGUCGCAGCCACUCCAGGUCUCGCUCCAGGAGCCGCCGGUCUCGCAAGAGCCGCAGCCGCAGUGAGAGCAGCAGUCGCAGCCGCUCCCACUCCAGGGCAGCAUCACAGUCCCGCAGCCGAUCUCGCAGCAAGAAAAAUAAGGGUAAGAUCAAGAAGGAGGAAGAGGAGCGCAGCAACGGUGCUCAGAAGAACAAAGAUCGCAGCAGGAGUCGCAGCCCCAAAAGCCGCAGCCCCAAGAGCAAAAAGAGCAAGAAAGACGGGAAGAAGAUAAAGAAAGAGGAUUCCCAGUCCAGAUCCCGCUCUCGCUCCAGGUCUCGUUCUAGAUCAGGAAUGAAAGAUCGCUCUAGGAAAUCUGGCUCGAAGGACCGCAAGCCGCCCAAGAGUGACGACGAGGCAGGCGAGCCUGAGAGGGGCUCUCGUUCCCGUUCCCGCAGCCCCGUCGAUCUCAAAUCCAGAGCCAGGUCCAAAUCCAGGUCUAAAUCCAAAUCCCGUUCUCCCUCACCUGCCAAAGCCCGCUCGCACUCCCGGUCCGCCUCACGAUCAGAGUCCCGCUCAAAAUCCCGCUCCCCGUCUCGUUCUCGCUCCCGUUCCUAGUUCAGAUCGUGGACUGUUUGUCAUGAGCCCUUAUCCCAGUGUCUCCCGCUGUCCUUCAUCUACAUUCCCCAAACCCCCAAACGCUGCCCCGCCUCCUGUUUUUUGAUAAAUAGCUGUAGAAAACCAGGCACUCACGCUUGAUGUCUUUUAUGAUCAUGCUACUCCAUUUCAUUUGGUCCUUACUCAACAUAUUUUCUCAUUAGAGACGUCUCGUACGGAGGUGUUUGUAUAAUAACAGGGUGAAAUCUCAGUUUUAUAAGUUUAAAUGAUGAUAUGGUGUGUGUGUGUGUGUCUAUGUGUGUGUGUGUGUGUGUCUUUAGCCUUUUUUAAUCACAUGUAGAAGCAUACUGUUUUUUUGUUGAUAUGCUUGGUGGGAACAUGUUGUGACAUCCCACCUUUGUGAAACCCUUGUAUCAUUUUAUUUCAGAUUAAAAAAAAAAAAUACCAGCUCUG